AUGCUUCCAGCAGAGGAGAAGAGGCCAGAACCCCCUCGGCUGAGCAGACAUGACCGACCAGGCCAUCAAUGUGCGGACCCUCAGCUGGAGGAGCUCAAGCAUUUGAUGAAAGGCCUCCAGAGUGAGUGUCACCAAGUAGAGCUUCAACAGCUGCAAACUCACAGCCUUCUGGAGAAGCACCACUCGGAAGUGCUUGAGAUCUUCGAGGCUCAUGAGGGGAUCCUGCUUCAAGUUCUUGGCUGCGCACAUUCUCAUGGACCCCCUGCCAAGGCUCGUCGCGCCAGUGAACGCAACCUUGGAGAGUUUAGCUCCGUGGUGCAGGCACCAAAAGGAGUGGCCUUUGACUUGGACCCCGUUGAUGAAGACGCCAGUGCUGCUGAAGAUGUGAAGGGAGAAGAUGCGAAGGGGCCACUGAAGCGGUCCCCUUCUCGAGCUCACGGAAGCUUUACAUUCACGCCAAAACUCUUCAGUACGUUCACUCAGUUCGAUUUGCACCUGAAAGAAGGGGCUGCAAACGUCGAUGCAGAUCAAGCUCGGCGAGAACGGGGGCUUGACCGACCUUCCCAACAUCUCAGUCGAGAUUGCUGCCUCAAGCGCUACGUGGCAACGACGGCUUUCGACGUGUUCUUCGCCUGCCUUGUCAUCUCAAAUGCCAUCUUCAUCGGGGUGGAAGUCCAGCAUACAUUGGCACAUCCCAAAGACGCUUCUGUAGUCCUCCAGGUCAUCCGCAACAGCUACACGGCUCUCUUUACCUUGGAAAUCAUAUUGAGAAUUGCCGUCUAUGGACGAGCAUUUUUUCGCUCAGAUGACUGGUUUUGGAAUGGUUUGGAUGCAGUGCUUGUGAUUUGCUCGCUGUGGGAGGUUGCGCUUGAGAUAGUGUCUGCCGCCCAGGAUGAGGAAGGAGGAAUGUUGGGCUUCACAGGGCUCCGCACUGUUCGCAUUGUGCGCGUCACCCGGCUGGUACGUGUCGCCAAGCUGGGCAGAAUCCUGCGCUUCGUCAUGGCGCUGCGCACCCUGAUCCAGUCCAUCAUAUACACGCUGAAAGCCUUGGUCUGGGCGCUCGUGCUCCUGGCCUUGAUCAUCUACUUUUUUGCAAUCCUAUUCACCCAGGCCGUGUCGGACUCACAGGAUGCGGAGUGGCAGCCAGAGGUGGAUCGGUAUUUCAACUCGCUGCCAGAUACUAUGCUGAGUCUCUUCAUGUGCAUCUCCGGCGGCGUCAGCUGGGAGAAUGUCAUUUACCCUCUCAGGAGAUUGUCCCCGGCAUGGGCUAUGGUUUUCGUCUUUUUCAUCUCGUUUUGCAACUUCGCCGUGCUCAAUGUCGUGACUGGUGUGUUUUGUCAAAGCGCCAUCGACUCGGCGCAGAGCGAUCAUCAAAUGGUAAUGCAGUCCAUUUUGGCGAACAAGGAAGCGCACAUUGAGAAGAUCAAGUUGUUGUUUAACGAAAUCGAUGCCCAAGAUCGUGGUCUCAUCACAUAUCAGAUGUUUGAAGAGAAGGUGGGAGAUCAGGCAGUGAAAGCGUACUUCGAAUCUAUGGAUCUGAACGUUUGGGAUGCUUGGUCUUUCUUCAAACUAUUGGACUUAGAUUCAGGCGGCGCCGUGGAGAUCGAAGAAUUCUUGAUGGGUUGCCUGCGACUGCGGGGCACAGCACGAGCCAUCGACAUUGCAAAGCUCAUCCAUGAACAGGCUUGGUUGCUGAAGAAUCAGGGCCACUUCUGGACCUUUGUUGAGGUGCAGUUGCAAGAAUGCCUUCAGCUACAUCCUUCGCGAUCCUGUGACCUACAGGACCUACAGCCCGUUUCGGGCAGUGAACUGACCCGUUUUGGACCGCUGCUCGCCACGAGAAUUCAUGUUUUCGGGCUUCUUGGCCGACCCUUUUUUGGCGGGCGUUUUGGAAGUGGCGCAAGCCACUUAGCUUGGCCAUCGCAAGAUCUACUUAGCUACUUCCAAGACAAUCUCAGAACAGCUCUGUCGUGCUAAAGAGUCUUCACCGUAGGCGAAGCACUCGGAA